UUUUGGCCCAAGCUGGACCGUGUGGGAGCACUGGUAAUUUCUGCCAAUUCUGCACAUUUCUGGCCACCGGCCUGCGAGUUAUUCUACCAUGGGAAACACUCAGUGCUGCAAGUCCGUUGACACCAGCCCAGAUGCAGCAGCUGAAGCCAUGCCCACACUGGAGUCUUGGCCGGCGAAUCCCGGGAAACCACUGAUCGAAGUACCAGCAGUUUCUGGUGGAAAUAGCCCGCAGGAGCGCAUGUACAAGGUGAGCCUUGUCAAGACCGAAGGGCAGAAGUUGGGAUUGGAUGUGGACUACAUGGCCGAGCGCAGCGUGUUGCCAAUUCUUGUCAUCUCUGGAGGUAUUGCUGAGCAAUGGAACAGAAGCCAUCCGGAGAGAAAGAUGAAUACUGGUGACAGCAUUGUCGAGGUGAAUGGCAUUCGAGGCAACGUUGCACUCAUGCUUGAGAAGUGCAAGGUGGAUGCCACGUUGGAGUUAACCAUUUGCAAAUGCCUCACCUAUGGGCACUUGGUGGCUGACCUGGAGAAGUUGAUCUCAAUCAAGGGCUGUGGCCCAAUCAUGGUCCGCUUGUCUUGGCAUGAUGCCGGUGUUUUCAAUGGCGUCGAUGGUUGCCCCAAUGCUGCAAUGCGCUUGGCAGGAGGAGGGGAAUAUGCGUUCGGAGCCAAUGCUGGCUUGCCUCAAGUUGCUAUUCCCCUGCUCCAAGCUAUCAGUGACAAGUACGUUCCAAGACUUAUUUCGCAUUCAGACCUGUGGGCAUUGGCUGCCAACGUGGCAAUCAAGGUCAUGGGAGGACCUGACAUUGUGACCCACUUUGGCCGUUUUGACGUCCAAGCACACAGUGAAGGUGUUCAAUCUGCAGCUGGCAGACUUCCGGACGGGGACAAAGAUGCAAAGCACCUCCGCGAGAUUUUUUACCCGAAGGGCUUCACUGACAAAGAUAUCGUUGCCCUGUCCGGUGCACACACCGUUGGGGCGUGCCAUGGGGAACGGUCUGGUUUCGAGGGUCCAUGGACUGAUGAUAAGCUGAAGUUCGACAACACCUACUUCAAGGACCUGCUCAACAAGAAGUGGACAAUGGAAACUGUGAAGUCUGGCAACAAGCAAUACAGGAGCGGAAAGACAAUGAUGCUUACCACCGACAUGUGCUUGAUUGAAGAUCCCAAGUUCAAAGAGUACGCUGUCCAGUAUGCCAACGAUCAGAACGCUUUCUUCGAGGAUUUCAAGGAGGCAUGGGUUCGAUUGCAGGAACUUGGAUGCGGCCAGCUUCGUGACAUAUUGUGAGCAUUUGUGAGCUGGCGACCUUUUUGAGCGCCCCUUGUUGCAGAGUUUCAAGGGAGCUUGGUGUAAGCAAGGCCACUUAUCACCCCCUGAUGCCUUCAUGCGACCCGGUG